AUGCCCCCAUCCGCCAAAGACAGAAUCUCGGCGCUGGGCCACCAGCUGGCCCCCAGCAGCGCGUCGUCGACGACGUCGCUGCCCGCCAUCACAAAAGUGGCCGGCCCCUCGGCGGCGCCGCGCGUCGCCGGCAAGGUCGUCGUCAUCACGGGCACCAACUCGCCCCUCGGCAUCGGCCGCGCCGCCGCCCACCAGUUUGCCGAGAACGGCGCGCGCGCCCUGUACCUCUGCGACUUUGACGGCACGCACCUCGACGCCCACGCCGCCGAGAUCAGGGCUGCGCACCCGGCCGUCGAGGUCCACGUGCGCCGCUUCGAUGCCGCCGAGGAGCAGGCCGUCCGGGACGUCGUCGCCCACGCCGUCACGACCUACGGCCGCCUCGACGUCUUCUUCGCCAACGCCGGCAUCGUCGGGCCCAUGGCCCUGUUCACCGACGUCACCGAGACGGACUUUAUGCAGAUGAUGCGCACCAACGUGCUGAGCGUCUUCCUCGCCGCCAAGCACGCCGCGCCGGCGAUGCAGCUGACGUCGUCGGCCAAGCCCCAGGCCGGCGGCUCCAUCAUCGGCACGGCCUCGGUGGCCGGCAUCCGCUCCAACGCCGGCACGACGCCCUACUCGGCCGCCAAGGCCGCCGUCAUCUCGGUGGCGCAGACGACGUCCUACCAGCUCGCCGGCACCGGCGUCCGCGUCAACGCCAUCUGCCCGGGCCUCAUCGAGACGGGCAUGACGGCCGACGUGUACGAGGCGGCCCGCGCGCGGGGCACCGAGAAGCGCAUCGGCCAGCUGAACCCGCUCAAGCGCGGCGGCCACGCCGACGAGAUUGCCCGCGUCGCCCUCUUCCUCGGCAGCGACGAGAGCAGCUACGUCAACGGCCAGGCGUGGGCUGUCGACGGCGGGCUCAGUGCGGGCCACCCCUACGUGCCGGGUCGCAUUGGCUGA